AUGUCCUUCAAUUCUUCUUCUUCCUUGAUUGUACCCAAGAAAAUUCAGGCAGUAGAAAAGCCUUAUACAUGUCAGGAGUGUGGAAAGGCCUUUUCUCAAUCCUCAAUGCUUAUUAGGCAUAUGAAUGUUCAUACAGGUGAGAAACCUUAUACAUGUCAGGAUUGUGGAAAGUCCUUCACUCAGUGCUCAAAGUUUCUUGGGCACAUGAAUACUCAUUUAGGAGGGAAGGCUUAUACAUGUGAGGAGUGUGGAAAGGCCUUCAGUACACCCUCCAGGCUUAUUACCCACUUGACUAUUCAUACUGGAGAGAAGCCUUAUACAUGUGAGGAGUGUGGAAAGGCCUUCUCUCAAUCCUCAUCACUUAUCAGGCACAUGAAAAUUCAUACGGGAGAGAAGCCUUAUACGUGUCUGGAGUGUGGAAAGGCCUUUUCUCAAUCCUCAUUGCUUAUUAGGCACGUGAAUAGUCAUAGAGGAGAGAAGCAUUAUACAUGUCAGGAGUGUAGCAAAGCCUUCACUCAGUCCUCAUCGCUUUCUGUGCAUAUGAAAAUUCAUACAGGAGAGAAGCCUUAUUCAUGUCAGGAGUGUGGGAAGGCCUUCAUUCGAUCCUCAGAUGUUCUUAGGCACAUGGCGAUUCAUACAGGAGAGAAGCCUUAUACAUGUCAGGAGUGUGGAAAAGCCUUUUCUCGAUCCUCACUGCUUGUUAGACACAUGAAUAUUCAUACAGGAGAGAAGCCAUAUACAUGUCAGGAGUGUGGCAAGGCCUUCACUCGAUCCUCAAACCUUAAUAGGCACAUGACUGUUCAUACAGGAGAGAAAUCUUAUGUAUGUCAGUAGUGUGCAAAGGCCUUUUCUCAAUCCUCAAUGCUCAUUAGGC